CUCUUUGUGGAGGUUAUGUUUUUGGUAAAACCGGGACUAUUCUGUCUCCUGGCUUUCCUGACUUCUACCCCAAUUCUCUGAAUUGCACCUGGACAAUAGAGGUGUCUCAUGGGAAAGGAGUCCAUCUGGUUUUCCACACGUUCCAUCUGGAGGAGAACCACGACUACCUGUCCAUCACCGAGGACGGCAAUUUCCUGGUUCCAGUGGCCCGACUCACCGGCUCAGUGCUGCCCCCCAGUGUAAAGGCCGGACUCUUUGGCAACUUCAGCGCUCAGCUACGAUUCAUAUCGGAUUUUUCCAUGAGUUACGAAGGAUUUAAUAUUACUUUCUCAGAGUACGACUUAGAGCCCUGUGAGGAUCCUGGCGUACCAGCGUUCAGCAGGAGGAUGGGAUUUAGGUUUCGAGUUGGUGACUCCCUGGCCUUCUCUUGUUUCCACGGCUACCGACUUGAAGGAGACAGCAAGAUCACCUGUCUGGGAGGAGGCCGGCGAGUCUGGAGCAACACGCUACCACGAUGCAUAGCCGAGUGCGGCGCCUCCUCGCUAGGACCGGAAGGCGUUCUCCUUUCUCCAAAUUUCCCCUCCAACUACGAUAACAACCAUGAGUGCAUCUACCGCAUCACUACUGAAAAGGGCAAAGGAAUCAGGCUGAAAGCUGAGAGCUUCUCUUUGCAAGAUGGAGACUAUCUCAAGGUGUAUGAUGGAGAGAACACUUCAUCUCGUCUCCUUGGCAACUUCACACACGAUGACAUGACGGGUCAUGUCAUUAACAGCACGUCCAAUCACCUGUGGUUGGAGUUCAACAGCAACGCCUCUGGAACCAAUCAGGGCUUCCGACUCACAUACACAAGUUUUGACCUCGUACGCUGCGAAGAACCAGGUGUCCCUAGUUACGGCUAUAAGAUCCAGGACGACGGUCAUUAUGCCAACACUUUUGUCCUGUACUCCUGCAACCCUGGAUACAGUCUCCACGGCAGCAGUACGCUGACCUGUCUGAGCGGGGACAGGCGUGUCUGGGACAAGCCACUUCCUUCCUGUAUCGCGGAGUGUGGAGGUCACAUAACUGGAGCAGUGUCUGGGAGGAUUCUGUCUCCGGGAUAUCCUGCUCCAUACGACAACAACCUUCACUGUACCUGGACGAUAGAGGCCGAUACGGGGAAGACUAUCAGCCUCCACUUCAUCGUCUUUGACACCGAGGUCGGCCACGAUAUUCUGAGAGUUUGGGACGGUCCAUCUGGGCCGUCGGACGGCGGGAUCCUUUUGAAAGAAUGGUCGGGCCCGGCCUUACCUGAGGACAUCCACUCGACUUUCAACAUACUCACCCUGCAGUUUGACUCAGAUUAUUUCAUCAGCAAGCAAGGAUUUUCCAUACAGUUCUCCACCACAACAGCGACGACCUGCAACGACCCUGGCAUCCCUGUAAAUGGUUCUCGAUACGGGGACAGCAAGGAGCCGGGCGACAGCAUGACGUUCCAGUGUGAUCCAGGCUACCAGCUGCAAGGCCAAGACACCAUCACAUGUGUGCGGAUGGACAAUAGAUUCUACUGGCAGCCUGAUCCUCCUACAUGCAUAGCGACCUGCGGGGGUAACGUCAGCGGUCCUUCUGGAGUCAUUCUGUCUCCUAACUACCCCCAGCCUUACCCCCCUGGGAAAGAGUGCGACUGGAGAGUCAGAGUCAACCCUGACUUUGUCAUUGCGCUCAUCUUCAAAAGUUUCAACAUGGAGCCAAGUUACGACUUCCUGCACAUCUAUGAAGGAGAAGACUCUAAUGGGCCUCUACUCGCAAGUCUCCAAGGCAACCAGGCCCCUGAGCGGAUAGAGAGCAGCAGUAACAGUCUCUUCCUGGCAUUCAGAUCUGAUGCCUCGCUGGGCAUGUCUGGGUUUGCCAUCGAGUAUCGAGAAAAACCGAGAGAAGCCUGCUUUGACCCCGGCAACAUUAUGAACGCCAGUCGGACAGGCUACGACUACAAGCUGGGAUCUCAGGUCUCCUACAGCUGUCACCACGGCUACACGACCGUGGGCGGGGAUACCAUCACCUGCGUCAUGGGGCACGAUGGGAAGCCGGUGUGGGACAGGGCGCUGCCGUCAUGUAAAGCUCCAUGCGGAGGACAGUAUGGUGGAUCUGAGGGAGUCGUUUUGUCUCCAAACUAUCCUUUAAACUACACGACAAGACAGUCCUGCUCCUAUUACAUCACAGUGUCCCCACAGUUUGUGGUGUUUGGUCAGUUUGCUGUUUUCCAGACAGCCAUGAAUGACUCAGUGGAGCUGUUUGAUGGAGCCAAUGACAACGCCCGAUUGCUCAGCUCCCUGGCCGGUUCACACUCAGGAGAGACAUUGCCACUGGCAACUUCCAAUCAGAUCAUGCUCCGGUUCAAUGCUAAGAGUGGUCAGUCGGCUAGAGGCUUUCACUUCGUCUACCAAGCUGUGCCUCGGACCAGCGACAGUCAGUGCAGUUCAGUGCCGGAGCCUCGGUAUGGCAGGCGGAUCGGUUCAGAGUUCUCAGCGGGCUCUGUGGUUCGGUUUGAGUGCAGUCCAGGCUAUCUGCUGAAGGGAUCCAGUGCAAUUCGGUGCCAGUCUGUACCAGGUGCUCUGGCACAGUGGAACGCAACAACACCAACCUGUAUAGUUCCCUGCAGUGGCAAUUUGACUGAACGUCGUGGCACAAUACUGUCUCCUGGCUAUCCUGAACCCUACCCAAACAGCCUCAACUGUCUGUGGAGGAUCCAUGUCAGCGAAGGGGCUGGGAUACAGAUCCAAGUGAUGACGUUUGCUACGGAGCACAACUGGGACUCUCUGGAGAUCUACGAUGGAGGAGACAUGACAGCUCCUAAAUUAGGGUCAUUUUCUGGAACAACAGCUCCGGCUCUCCUCAACUCCACAUCCAAUCAGCUCCUCCUGCACUUUCAGAGCGACAUUAGUGUGGUUGCAGCAGGCUUUCACCUAGAAUACAAGACGGUUGGUCUCACCACUUGUCCAGAACCGAUGAUACCAGCCAAUGGCAUUAAAUCAGGAGACAGAUAUAUGGUCAAUGAGGUGGUGGCGUUCGGCUGUGAACCAGGUUACACGCUACAGGGCCACUCUCACAUUUCCUGCAUGCCUGGGACUGUGCGCCGAUGGAACUACCCACCACCUCUUUGCAUAGCUCGAUGUGGCGGGGUGCUGUCUGAGAUGAGUGGUGUCAUCCUCAGUCCAGGUUUCCCUGGCAACUACCCCGGCAACCUGGACUGCACCUGGCAAAUCACACUGCCAACUGGAUAUGGAGCCCAUAUUCAGUUCCAGAACUUCUCUUCAGAGGACAACCAUGACUUCCUAGAGGUCAGGGCUGGACCUCAGCACAGCUCUGCCCUCAUUGGUCAGUUCACCGGCUCACAGAUCCCGCCCCCUUUGUCGAGCACGACCCACCUGACGAUCAUCCACUUCUACAGCGACCACUCAGAGAACAGACCGGGAUUCAAACUGACAUAUCAAGCUUAUCAGCUUCAAAACUGCCAGGAUCCCUUUCCGUUCCCCAACGGCGACAUCAUCAACAACGACUACAGUGCUGGCCAAUCAGUGACGUUCCAGUGCUACCCCGGUUAUGUUUUAAUUGGACACACAGUGCUAACGUGCCUGCAUGGCACCAACCGCAAGUGGAACCACCCAUUUCCGCGCUGCGAAGCUCCUUGUGGCUACAAUGUCACAGCUGAGAACGGCACCAUCUAUUCACCUCAGUACCCCAGUGAAUACCCCAACUCCCAAGACUGCAGCUGGAUCAUAACCGUUCCCCACGGACAUGGAGUUUAUAUCAACUUCACCUUAUUGCAGACAGAGCCUGUCACUGAUUACAUCGCUGUCUGGGACGGCCCAGAUACAUCCAGCUCUCAGCUGGGAGUCUUCAGCGGCAACACGGCAUUAGAAUCGGCCUACAGUACCAGCCCGAAGGUCCUGAUCCGUUUCCAUUCUGACUUCUCAACUGGAGGCUUCUUCAUUCUCAACUUCCACGCGUACCGUCUGAAGAAAUGCCCUUCUCCCCCUGUGGUGGAGAAUGCAGAGGUGAUCUAUGAAGAUGAAGACUUCCAGAUAGGUGACAUUGUGAAGUAUCGCUGCUUACCUGGAUACACGCUGGUUGGAAAGGCAGAGCUCAUGUGUAAACUCAACUCCCAUUUGCUCUUUGAAGCCCCGCCCCCAACAUGUCAAGCCCAGUGCCCAGCCAACGAGGAGCGGUUUUCGUCAUCAGGAGUGAUACUGAGCCCUGGAUUUCCCAGCAACUAUCCAAACAGCCAGACGUGCUCCUGGCUGCUGCGCAUGGUUCCAGGUUACACCAUCAACAUCUACGUCGAGAUGUUCCACAGUGAGAAGCAGUUUGACGAACUGGAAAUUUUUGACGGAUCCUCAGGACAAAGCCCUCUGCUCGUUGCUCUAAGUGGGAACCACUCGUCUCAGCUGAAUUUCACAUCGAAAACAAACCAGCUCUACCUGCGCUGGUCCACUGACCACGCAACCAACAAGAGAGGAUUCAAGAUACGAUACUCAGCUGCCUACUGUAGCAUUAACGAUCCUCCCUUGAACGGGGGUGUGGUCAACCGGACCAAACUCCGCCCAGGUAGCAAACUCCAGUUCUUCUGUAACCGUGGUUACCGAAUGGUAGGCUCGAGCAAUGCCACCUGCAGGCUCGACUCCAACGGGCUUUUCCAGUGGGACACGCCGCCGCCUUUUUGUCAAGCUGUCUCGUGUGGAAUACCUCAAGCGCCGGGCAACGGCAGUUUCCAUGCUUACCAGUACACUGUUGGCAGCCAGGUCACCUACCAGUGUAACCAUGGUUACCACCUUGACCCUGGCGCUCCAAUGACAGCUGUGUGUUUGGAGGACGGCAGCUGGAGCAACGCUGCCUCAGUCCCCAGAUGUCUGCCGAUCCACUGCCCCAGCGUCGAGAGCACCUUGUUAGAUCACAUGACCUACCGCCUGUUCUCCGGUCGGCUGGGAGAGUUCGGUUCCAUGGUGAUGCUGGAGUGCUCAACGGGCUACUAUCUGGGCGUGGGGCACCGGACUUUUCGCUGCCUUGCCAACGGCACGUGGGAGGGAUCAGAUGACCCAGCUACUUGCAAGAUCAUUUCCUGCGGGGAACUUCCAUCUCCACCCUUCGGCACCAAACUGGGGACGUUGACGACAUUCGGAGCAACUGCAAUCUUUAUGUGUAACCAUGGUUACACGCUGGUGGGGUCACAUGUCAGGGAGUGCGGCGCUAAUGGGCUGUGGAGUGGUGCGGAGACCAGGUGUCUAGCCGGCCACUGCGACUCUCCAGAUCCUAUAGUCAAUGGCCACAUUAGCGGAGAUGGCUCCAGUUACCGUGACACAGUGGUGUACCAGUGCAUGUUAGGAUAUCGCCUCAUUGGCACAUCAGUCAGAAUCUGCCAACAAGACCAUCGAUGGUCUGGAACAACACCGGUCUGCGUCCCUAUCACUUGUGGUCACCCAGGCAACCCGGCCAACGGACGGACCAAUGGCAGCGAGUUUAACCUCAAUGAUGUGGUCAACUUCACCUGCAACAGAGGCUACAUCCUCAGCGGAAACGCUCGAGCUCAGUGCCGACUCAACGGACAGUGGAGCAGCCCCCUACCUGUCUGCAAAGUUGUGAACUGCUCAGAUCCCGGCCACGUGGAGAACGGUGUGCGCCAGUCUGGCCUACAUUACCCAGAAGUCUUCAGCUACGGCGUAACCGUGGCAAUCCACUGCAAACGAGGCUUCUACCUUCUGGGCUCCGCGCUCCUCACCUGCCAGCAUGAUGGACUGUGGGACCGACCGACCCCUCGUUGCCUCGCUAUUUCCUGCGGUGACCCCGGCGUACCCCCCAAUGCAGUCGUAUCUGGAACCCACAGCUGGACGUACGGUUCGGUGCUGCAGUACUCCUGUCUGCCUGGUGGGGUGCUGGUGGGAAACGCCACUCGCCACUGUCAGGAGGACGGCACGUGGAGUGGAGCGCCGCCCUACUGCACAGGUGUAAGUGCCGGAGUCUGUGGAGACCCAGGGAUGCCUCCCCACGGUGCCCGUUUGGGAGGAGAAGAAUUUAAAACCAAGAGCCUUCUGCGUUUUAGCUGCGAGGCAGGAUACAAUCUGAUUGGCUCGGCCGAGAGGACCUGCCUUCACAACGGCACCUGGAGCGGCACGCAGCCCGUCUGUCAAGCUGUAUCCUGUGGUAACCCUGGCACACCAGCACACGGCAGAAUUGUAUUCAGCGAUGGCAUCACCUUCGGCAGCUCAGUGGCUUACGCAUGCUGGGAAGGCUUCAAAACAUCAGGCCUGACCACCAGGCACUGCACAACAAAUGGGACGUGGACGGGACAACCUCCAGACUGUACUGUGAUCAGUUGUGGAGACCCUGGGCCAGUAGCCAAUGGGAUCUAUCUGGGCAGAGAGUUUAACUUCAACCACACAGUGACUUACCGCUGCAACCCCGGUCACCUGAUGGAACCACCCGGACCCGGACGCAGCGUCCUGCGCUGCACCAAAGAUGGGACCUGGAACCAAACCAAACCCAGCUGUAAAGUGAUCCAGUGUGGACCUCCACCUCAAGUCCAUUAUGGGAAAGUGGAAGGGACCGACCAUUCAUGGGGGUCGAGUGUCACCUACAGUUGUUUCCACGGUUACCAGCUGUCCACGCCUGCUGUGUUAAGCUGUGAGGGGAACGGGACCUGGACAGGAGACAUACCACAGUGUCUGCCUGUCCUGUGUGGUGAUCCUGGAUCUCCUGGAGGAGGAUUCAGAGAGGGAAACAUCUUUUCAUACCGGUCGGAGGUCAGGUUCUACUGCCACGCCCCCUACCUGCUGGUAGGUUCUGCCUCCAGAGCCUGUCAAGCUGAUGGGAUUUGGAGCGGCCAACAACCAGCCUGUAUAGACCCAGCCUUUAACAGCUGUCGUGAUCCAGGAACUCCAGCCUACGGUAUUCCAGUCAUGGCCCAAGGCUUUCAGGUCGGCAGUAAGAUUUCCUUCAAGUGCCGCAAAAACUACCACAUCCUCGGCUCGACCACGAGAACGUGCCUCGAAAAUCUAACCUGGAGCGGAACUCAGCCUGAGUGCAUAGCUCAUUCAUGCAGACAGCCGGAGACCCCCAGUAAUGUAGACGUGCGAUCUAUGGACCUGCCCACCUUGGGAUACACUCUGAUUUACACCUGUCAAGACGGCUUCUAUCUGGCUGGAGGAUCAGAGCACAGAACCUGCAAAAGUGACGGGAGAUGGUCGGGAAAGCCGCCGCUCUGCAAAGUUGGAGUGAAAGUCAAUCCCAAAGGCAGAGGAGAGUCAGAUGUCCAGAAGAACAAGAUUCGUGUGCCGGUGGACGUCUUCUCUCCGAACUCUGAGUGGAGCGGUUUCUACGAGUAUCUGGGGAAGAGGCAGGCCACCACGUUUACGGUUACUGGGUUCAAUGCGACCAGCGGCAGAGUUAACGUGACAUUACUGGAGACCAGCGGCGUGUCGAUCAGGCUGUCAGGCACCUACAAGUCAGAGGAAAACCAGCUGCUGUUGAAGGUGUACCAGGUGAAGGGGCCGACAGAGCAUUAUUACAGCAAGUUUAAAAAUGACAACUGGGCUAUGGACGGAUAUGUUACUGCAGAAUCCGACCAGAAGACCUUUGUCUACCAGGGCCACAUCCACAGUAAAGACUUUGGCAAGUUCCAUCUGACGAGGCAAGGCCCUGUAACCAUGGCGAUGGACCCUUCAAACCCCUACACAAACAGCAGCUCUGUGGCAGCAGCCAUCUUAGUACCUUUCUUUGCCCUCAUCCUCUCUGGAUUUGCCUUCUACCUCUACAAGCACAGGACAUUGUCUGCUGACACAGAUGACAAUGAGAGACCAAAAGACACCUGGGGGCCUGGCGGCAGGACGCGUCCAAAGGUCCAGUUCAAUGGCUAUGUCGGCCAUGAGAGCUCCAACGGUCAGGCAUCGUUCGAAAAUCCAAUGUAUGAUACCAACAUGAAGCCCACUGAGGCUAAGGCAGUUCGAUUCGAUACCACGCUCAAUACAGUCUGCACUGUGGUAUAG